AUGCCUUCUGCUCAUCUCCCCUCGCAUGCCCAGGUCCUCGUCAUCGGCGGCGGUCCCGCAGGCACCUACACCGCCGCCGCUCUCGCCAGAGAAGGCUUCCACGUCGUUCUCUUCGAGGCCGCAAAGUUCCCCCGAUACCAUGUCGGCGAAUCCCUCAUUCCCUCCGCCAGACACUUCAUGCGUUUCAUCGGGGCCGAACAAAAACUCGCCGCUCACGGCUUCACCUACAAGCCCGGCUCGGCCAUCAAAUUCAACCAGUUCCUACAAGAGGGCUAUACUGAUUUUGUCGCCAUCGGAGCGACAAACAACGCUUGGAACGUCGUCCGCUCCGAGUUCGACCAUCUCCUCCUGGACCAUGCCGCAUCUUCCGGCGCCCACGUCUACCAGCAGACACGCGUGCUCGACAUCCUUUUCGAUCACCAGCCCUCCCCUUCCUCACCCGUCGCUCACAGUCCACCGUCUCCCUCUCCCUCCCGCCGUCGAAACUCUGUCGUCGAUUUCGCCUCUCCCUCCGACAUCUCCCCCUCCAGCCAGCCCACCAGCGUCAUCUAUCAGACUGCCUUCGGCUCAAAGCAUGAGCUCACCUUCGACUACCUCGUCGACGCUAGCGGCCGUGCUGGUCUCAUGAGCAGCAAGUACCUCAGGAACCGCAAGUUCUGCAACUCUCUCAAGAACGUCGCCGUCUGGGGUUAUUGGAAGAACACGGCCAAGUACGGAGAAGGCACCGACCGGGAGAACGCCCCGUUCUUCGAAGCGCUCAGCGAUGAGUCCGGCUGGGCUUGGUUCAUCCCUCUGCACAAGGGUACCACGUCGGUCGGCGUAGUCAUGGAACAGAAGCAGCUCGGUAUACGAUCUCGAGCAUCGUCUUCCGCGAGCUCUCCCACCCUCGGCGCAACACCCCGACGAGGUUCCAUAUCUGCUCGUGCAGCAUCCACUCUCGGCAGUCGAUAUCUCUCCUUCCUUCAUUUAGCUCCCACCAUCAUGGGCCUCAUAGGAGACGGCGAGCUGGUUGCCGUCAAGAGCGAAGAAGACGAAGACGAAGAGUCCGAGGGUCCUAUGGCCAGAACCGCGAGCGAUUAUAGCUAUUCGGCUACAGCGUACGCUGGUCCUGGGUGGAGGUUAGUGGGUGACGCUGGAGCGUUCAUAGACCCUUUCUUCUCCUCUGGAAUACACCUCGCCAUGACAAGUGCUCUCUCUGCUGCUGCCUCUAUCGCUGCUUCUAUCAGAGGGCAUUGCACCGAGCCGGAGGCGGCAAAGUAUCACCAGUCUCGAACCUCUUUGUCAUAUACAAGGUUUUUGAUCGUGGUGCUUAGUGCAUACAAGCAAAUCCGCUCACAGUCAACGAACAUCCUGCUCGACGUUGAGGAGAACAACUUUGACAAGGCGUUCGCUUGCAUACGUCCCAUCAUCCAAGGCAACGCAGACAUAGGCGUGCGCCUCUCAGAGGACGAAGUACAAGCCGCGCUCGACUUCUGCGUGCACCUCUUCGACCCCACCACCCCAGAGCAGCACGAAGACGUCCUCCAACAGCUCCGCGCCGCUUGCCAGCAAACCCCCACCCCUCCCGCGUCUCCCCAACCCUCCCCCACACAGACGCGCAAGUCCCGCCCCGCGCCCGACGCUGACGCCGACGUCUCCCGCCUCUUCGACGUCCGCGCCCCCGUCCUCGACCCCGCGCAGCUCGACCGCGUACUCCGCCUGCAGCUCGCCACGAUCCCCUCCCUCUUCCCCACUCCCGUCGUGGCGGGGCUCGCGACUCCGCCCGCGUCGCCGACGGCCGCGCCCUUCAAUCCCAUGUCCAUACCCGAGCAGCCACCACCGCCGCCGGUGUCCGAGGCGGACAUCCGCAUGGUGCUCGACAAGAUCAACGCCCGCCGGGUGAUCCAUGCCGAGCACGCCGACGCGCUGCACAACCUCGAGGCGGAGGAGCUCGCCGGGUUCGUGAUGCGCCUCGAGCGGGGGCAGCUUGGCCUGAGACGCCCGCCCCCGCCCCCUGCACUGUAG